UCAUGUCCCCCUGCUGAUGUUGAGAAAGCUCGCAGAGAAGAUGUAAUUGGUCACUUUAUCCUUCGACUUGCCUUCUGCCGCUCUCCGGAAUCCACGAAGUGGCUUGUCACCCAAGAAGUGGACCUUUUCAGGUUUCGUUUUGCGAGUGAGUCUCCAAAUGGCAUAAUCGCAUUUCUCAAAGAAAAUAAUGUCAAUCUGGAUGUGGUAGAGAAUUCUGAAAAAGAGGAACUAAUGGCUGAAUUAGCCGCUGGUUGUGGCAUCAGCAUCGAACAAGCUUGCAACACAAACUUUUGGAAGGUAGACUUCACUGCAGCGCCUGAUCUCGUGCGCCGCCGCCGUGCGCUCGUUCGUCGAGGUUUUGCAUACAUACAAUUUAGCGAUUUGGUCGUGAUCACCAGCGCAGCUCUACGAGCGAACAUGACAGCGGCUAUGGCGAGGGCGUUCAAGCAUCUGGCAGUUGUAGAAGAGGAAUGGCGACUUCUUCCGAGACUUGCGCGCUUGGCUAAUAACGCCUACAGCGGGAAGCAGUAUGCUGGGAAGGAGAACGAUGGGAAAAUAACUCGGCACAUGAUUGACCAGUUAUGUGUACCGUCUUUCCCACUGUGCAUGCGGCAAUGUCAUACUCGGUUACGGGCUGAUCAUCAUUUGAGACAUGGAGCAAGGCGGCAGUAUGGUCUUUUCUUGAAAGCAAUCGGUUUGUCUUUAGAGGAAGCAAUUAUGUUCAUGCGUGAAGAGUUCACGAAAAAGAUUGAUUCUGACAAGGUUGUAAAGAUGCAUUCAAUCCAUCAGAUCGAU